AUGUCCGGCUUCUCCCAGUCUUUUUUCUUGGGAGAACAUACGUUACAAUCGAUCGAGAACCAAGUCCCCAAAAAUGACCAUUCAACUCCUCCUCCCUGUGGUGGCCGUCGAGUCACCCGUUCUAGCCAGGCCAAAGCCGCCGCCAGCAAACGGCAAAGCUCCUCCGAAGAGCAGCCCCUAUCGGCGGAAGUGGUUGAAGAGUCCCCAACCAAUUGUACACGAGUGGCAGCGGGAAGCUUAUCGCGUCAGAAAAGUGUCCGCGAACGGUUAAAAACUAUCGGUACACAAUCGCGAUCCCGGCGGGCCGUUCGGCGAAACAAAUCGGAUUCGGUUGUGGCAAUCAACAACGCAACAGAGGCAGCAGAACGUCCGCAGGGAAAACAACCACCGCGGGACGGUCAACGGUUAAGCGAGAGUCGUGAACAUUUAAAUUUGAUUAAGGACAAUUUUUCCGAACUGUUUGAAAGUGAUAUCCGUUUUGAUGGGCCGGCCUACCGGCCGGAUAGCAAAAAAGAUGAGUUGCCAAAAGAAAUUAACAUUUCCCAGCUGCUUGAAUCAGAUAUUCAGUUUGAUGUUUCUUCGGUUUGUGAUAAAAAAAAGUUGUUGGAACGUCCAACGGAUGCAAAAGUUUCUCGUAACAGUGAAGAUUUUGAAAAGAUCUUCGGAAGCAGUGAUUUUUCAAUGGAUCGUCAGCCUCGCAGUCAGAGUUUGGUUGCUUCAGUUCCAAAUUCGAACGGGCUUGACAAUCUUUUCGAGCAAAGCUUUUUUACUCUGGAAGCUCCUGUUCAACAGUUGCACGUUACUAAACCGGCGGUACACAACUCGCUGAACAAUUUCAUAUGCAGUGAAGAUUUGAGAGAAUUUUCCACCUUGGAAGAAUCGCUCCGAGUGAAGGAGGAUGAUGUUAGUGUGGAAGAAGUACCGGUUGAGGUGGAAAAUGUAUGCUUUACGCAGCUUUGCAUGACUAAUUCGAUUGACGAACGACAGAAAAUUGACUUGCUACUAAGUCAAGAGGUUGAAAAGUCUAAGCAGAGCGUAAUUGAGUCUUUAAGGCAAGAUCGCAGUCUGAAUCUUUCGACAAAUUUGAUGCAGGCAGCAAACUGUAGUCUUUCCACUUCAAAAUCUAUUCGAAUGUCGCAAAAUUUAGCGCCUUCGGCGCUCUCGAUGUCACUGAAUAUGUCAAAAAACCUUCGCCUGGUAGCGAGUUGGGGCUUACCGGAUGCAAUUACGAAAGCGUACGCAAAGAAAGGAAUUACCGAACUGUUCCAGUGGCAAUCGGAUUGUCUGGCAAACGCCAAGGUGAUCCUAGAAUUGGCAAACCUAGUCUACAGUGCACCGACUUCCGGUGGUAAAACGAUCGUCAGCGAGUUUCUGGUCGCCAAAACGGUCGUUGAACGUAAGAAGAAAGCACUCAUCAUACUGCCUUUCGUGGCAGUGGCUCGGGAGAAGAUGUUUUACCUUCAGGAAAUUCUCUGUCCGGCUGGGAUUCGCGUUGAAGGGUUUUUCGGUGGUCACACAGCACCCGGGGGGUUUGACAGUGUCGAUGUGGCCGUUUGCACUAUCGAAAAAGCUAAUUCGAUUGUUAACCGACUGCUGGAACAGCAGAAACUUUCGGAUGUUGGGUUGAUAGUGGUGGACGAAGUCCACCUAAUUGCCGACCCGUCUAGGGGCUACAUUCUGGAGCUACUGCUGACGAAGGUUCGUUUUGUUUGUGAAAAGCUGAGCGAAAAGAUUCAAAUUGUUGCCAUGUCGGCUACUCUACCUAAUAUGGAACUGCUAACCGAAUGGCUACGGGCGGAGCAUUUCCGAACGGAUUUUCGUCCCAUCGAGCUGAAGGAAAUGGUCAAACUGGGAACCUGCAUUUACGACAACAAAGGCAAAUUGAUUCGAAAGUUGGACUCCGAUUUAUACAAAGGAAUUAUGCGAGACCAAGAUAACCUGGGGCAGCUUUGCUUGGAAACCAUCCUGGAAGGAUGUUCCGUUAUUGUUUUCUGUCCGUCAAAGGAUUGGUGCGAACGUUUAACGCUGCACCUAGCCGAGUUCAUUUAUACGGUUCAAAAAUCGGACACGGAGCAAGGCCGCAAGCUUCGAACCGAAAUGGAUCGGGAAAAAAUUGAACAGACGCUCGGUCUGCUAAGGAAUUGUCCCACCGGACUGGAUCUGGUCCUGGGAAAAACCGCCCGCUAUGGGUGUGUGUAUCAUCACGCUGGACUGACAGCCGACGAGCGGGACAUAAUCGAGAGUUGCUUCAAGAGCGGAACGCUGAGAAUCAUCGUAGCCACCAGUACUCUGAGCAGUGGUGUUAAUCUGCCUGCAAGGCGGGUCAUUAUUCGGUCGCCCUUGUUCGGGGGAACCCAAAUGAAUGCGCUGACCUAUCGGCAGAUGAUUGGACGCGCCGGUCGCAAGGGACGGGACGUGCUGGGUGAAUCGAUACUGAUGUGUGACGGUCAGAAUUCGAAAGCUGGUUGGGCGUUGGUUAAUGCGGAACUGGUGCCGAUUGCUUCCUGUCUGGAUAGUGAUGGAUACAGCCACCUGAAGCGCGCCAUCCUGGAGAUCAUCGCCUCCGGAGAGGUCAGCACGGCAGCGGAGCUGCAACAGUUUCUCAACUGUACCCUUUACAGUUGCGAAAAGAAAUGUCCCUUCCGUUUCGAUCUGGAUUCUUUGGAUCAUAGCGUUCGCUCGACACGCUUGCGCCCGCCAACGGCGGCAGCUAGCCGCCGCGGCGCAGAUUCCGACGCCGACUCGGACCCGAUCGCCAGUUGCGUGCGCUUUCUGCUCGAGUACGAGUUCAUUCGGGUGCAGCACUGCGCGGAAACCGGUGCAGCACUGAUGACGGCGACCCAGCUCGGCAGUGCUUGUCUGGCGGCAUCCAUGCCGCCGAGAGAUGGCUUUCUGCUGUUCAGCGAGUUGCAGCGGUCACGGCAGUGUUUCGUGCUGGAAACGGAGCUGCACGCGAUCUACCUGGUGACACCGUACUCGGUAAGCUACCAGUGGCAGAACAUCGACUGGAUGGCCUAUCUGGAUCGGUGGGAACGACUGUCGGAAGCGAUGCGACGCGUGGGGGAGCUGGUCGGUGUGCGGGAAGCUUUUCUGGUGAAGGCACUGCGGGGGAAUGUCGGCGCUGCCGACGACUAUCAGGCGUUGCAGGUGCACAAGCGGUUCUACACGGCACUGGCGCUGAAGGAGCUGGUCGAUGAAAAACCGCUGUCCGAGGUGGCGCAGGAGUUCGUUUGCACGAGGGGAUUGUUGCAGAGCUUGCAGCAGGUCGCUUCCACCUUUGCAGGUAUUGUAACAGCAUUCUGCACGUCGCUCAACUGGAACCUUUUGGCGAUGAUUGUGUCACAAUUUAAGGAGCGUUUGUUUUUUGGCAUUCAACCGGAUUUAAUGGAUCUUAUGAGAAUUCCUAGCUUGAAUGGACAACGUGCGCGAAUGCUCUUCAAUGGGGGCUUAACUGGUUUGGUGGAACUGGCAAACUCUAGUCCUCUGGUAGUUGAGCGAAUCCUCUACAAUUGCGUUGGCUUUCAAACCGAGCAGAAACGGGACGGAGAAAAUGAAUUUGAAGCACGAAGGCGUAUGAAUCUUCGUAAUUUAUACGUAACUGGACGAGCUGGACUGACGGUUAAGGAAGCAGCUGCGCUGCUAGUUAAGGAGGCACGAAACUACAUCCAACUGGAUACGGGGGUUCGUAAUCCUGCCUGGCAAGACGAGGAUACUGUGAAAGAAAUCGAUAGCACUCAAGCUGAGGAACCUAUCCCGGCUUUGCCCAAUGGGAACAGUUCCACAUCACAACCAGUAGCUGACAAACAAGCCUCCACAGUGUCGUUUGAAGUAUCCGAAACGGAUAGCAAUCGGGAAAUCGAACAGUUUCACAAUUCCCUCAUCAUGAACUUUUCCCAUGUGCUCAGCGGUGAGAAGGACUCAACCGCCUCCCAGGGCGGAAAAUACGACAGCAUAAACGUGGUAGAUGUGUGUGCAGAUAUAAGGCUCUUCCAACGAUUUCAAACAGAGCUGGAGAAUAUCUUCACAAUCAGCGUAGCUUUUGCGGUUUGCCGCUUUGAUCGUUCAAAAUCCGUGAUCGGGGGGAACUUGUUGAUCAAUCAAAGGACUAAAAUCGAACAGGAGGAGGUUUUAAAAAACUAUCCCUACCUGUUUGAGGAGAAUUGCUACCUCAGUGGGGUGGCUUUCACCUUCCAGCAAAGGCUGGACGAGACUCUGAACAACGCUGUGUAUUAUCUUAGUUUGAAGAAAGAUUCAAUAGUUCCAUGUGCUUCUAAACUGCAGUUGUUAAGAAGUUUAUUUGAGCGCGAAAAUCUCACAGUCGAUCUGUUCGAUGCUAAGGAUCAGCUCAAGAUGGUGUAUCGCAGUGGUUUGCUUACAGCGGAACGGCAUUUGGCGGCAGAUUUGCGAGAUCCUAAAGUAGCUUGCUGGUUACUGCAGGCAGAGGAGAAGGUCAUUUCAUUUCAGGCGAUGGUACAACAAUACUGCCCGGAAAUGUCAGCACUUUGUCAGCUGGCAGGCCGUUGUCCGGGUUCCAGUGCUCCAGCGCUUAACUACACUAGCGCAAUCGAUGGCCGGAUUCGGUGCACGGUGGAGAGCUUCAUCGUUCACCACAUGGUGGCCGCUCAGGUGGAACAAUUUACCCAGCUGGAUCGACCGCAGGAUAUGCUGGCCACUUUCACCGCUCGGGAAAUGCCGCUCCAGACGGCUUUGAUCCAAAUGGAACUGGUUGGCUUCCCGGUCGAUGGGCGUAAGCUAUCCGAGCUGAUCGAACGAUUACAUCAGGCUAAGGAGCGCGUUGCCGAAAGGGUUAGACAGCUCAACGGUGGGCAACGGCUGGACUUCGGUUCGGCUUCCGCCGUUGCGGCUGCCCUGCGGGUACCGAAGGAGCGAAAUGGACGAAUGAAAACUACCCGACAGGUGCUGGAACGUAUCGAUUCACCCUUGGCGACCCUGGUUGUCGCUUACCGUAAGAUCGAAAGUAAUCUUAGCCGAACGAUCGAACCGCUGUCGCGGUCCGCUCGAGAUGGAGUGAGGAUUCACGGUACCAGCUUCUGUCACACUUCUACCGGUCGAAUCACCAUGCAUGAGCCUAAUCUGCAGACGGUUGUAAAGGAUUUCAAGAUUGAAAUCGAUCCCGGCAGGAUCGAACUGUUCAGUUGCCGCAGCACGUUUGCGUGCACGGAUCCAACCAGACUGCUUCUUUCGGCUGACUUCUGUCAGCUAGAACUGUGCGUCUUAACCCACCUAUCUCAGGACCGCCGACUGCUGGCAGUCAUGAAGGGAGGAAAAGACGUCUUCCGAGGAAUUGCUGCCAAGUGGAACGGCAUCGAAGACGAACGGCUAGUUUCCGAUGAGCUAAGAAACUGUACCAAAGCCAUUGUUUACGGGGUAGUUUACGGGAUGGGCGUAAAAUCGAUGGCAGCUGAGCUGAACUUGGAUGAAGACGCGGCACGUACGCUGAUGGAACAGUUCCACGGCACCUAUCCGGAGAUUCGACGAUACACGGAGAAAGUGGUUCAGAUUACGCGCGAGCGAGGUUACAUCGAAACGCUAACCGGCCGAAGACGCUACCUGCCAGCCAUUCAAAGUACGGAUCUGAAAAAACGUUCCGAAGCGGAACGGCAAGCCGUUUGCACCACCGUUCAGGGAUCGGCUGCGGACAUACUGAAGAAUGCGAUUUUGCGCAUGAUGCGCAACCUUCGUAAGUAUCGGGAAACGUUGCGGUUGGGGCGAGUGGAUUUGGUGCUGCACUUGCACGAUGAAUUGAUUUUCGAGGUGCCACAGGAGCAAGCGCGAAAGGUGGCUAAAAUUUUAAAGUCCAGUAUGGAAAACUGUGCCAAACUUAGCCUGCCGUUGCGGGUUAAGGUGAAAGUUGGUUCCAGCUGGGGUGAGCUGAAGGAAAUUCAGGUUUGA